CACUACCAGGAUACCGACAUACCACCCCAGAAAAACAACUAACGUAUAGGCCCGAGGACCUGCGAGUGUACCCCCAAUUGAACCAACAAACCUUCAUUCAGGUUCUGCUGUCAGGACAUCAGUUGGCUGCCAACGAUUGAAGGAUACGGUCGGUCCAAACUGUUGGGGGGAUAUCACUUUCACGUUUUGCCGACCCCAAACCCCAAACGGGACAGGUUAAAGUUCACCGAAAGCGAUAGCGGCGGGAUUUGUUUUCCAUGUUUUUGUUCGAGGAAUAGUGAAAGUUUUUCCAUUCAUGACGCAUUAAUAGUUGUUAUCUUUGAAAACAUCUCAUGUUGUGUGGAAAGAUCUCAGAAAUGGGUUGGAACAUGAAUCGUAAUCGAUUGGGUUGCUGACUUGGAGUCGAACUGAAUGGGAUCCGCAAUUCUACCACAGAAAUUUAACAAUCGUCGUCGUUAACCGUCAUCGGAUACAAAAAUGCUUUGCUGCUGCCUAGGAGCCAGAAGUGAUAAAGUGUCUCCCGGAGAAUCGGUCGAGCAAUCACAAUCUCCUUCGCUACAACGAGGUGAUUCCAAUGCAUUUGAAACGGAUCGACACUGUACUGACAUUUUGUUCAUAGGAUUCAAAGCAGCUUUCAUCUUCAUACUGUUGGCGCUCAUUAUCUACUGCAUGGCGUUUGGCGACAUCUACCGGAUAAUAAAUGGCUACGACGAUUGUGCCAAUGUGUGUGGCCGGGACAACAAACCAGAUAAGGAUCUCUCGUGCAAGGGAACUGACCGUACGGAACAAAAAUAUCUGCUGGUAGAUAGCUCAGGAAUUGCUAGUGACCUGCAUCGUCAGUGUGUUGCAAGAUGUGAGGACUUCGAAGGCUAUAAACCACUCCUCAACCGCUGCGUGCUUAAGAAAAACGCGGCCCAAGAGGUGGCCACCAAAACUGGUCUCCGCAACUACUUCCAGGAGGUUUCGGAGGAUUUGGAAACGUGCUACCCGGAGGUCCUGUGGUUGUGUGCCAUCGCUUUCGUUUUUUCGCUACUCACGCUAGUUUUGCUACGAUACAUUCCGGGGUUGAUCGUCUGGUUGGUGCUGAUUGCCGUGAUCGCGUCCUGUACCGUGGGCACGAUCUGGCUUUGGGUGAAAUGGGACUUCGAGAAGAGACAACUUCCAUCGGAAGCCGGUGAAGGAGCUAAAACUCGCACCAAUAACUAUCUGUACUACGCAAUUGCCGCCACAAUUGCGACGGUUCUGGUGUACCUCAUCGUACUGGUUAUGAGGAAACGGAUCAAGCUUGUAGUUCAACUGUUCAAGGAGGCCGGAAAAGCCGUCUCCAACAUGCCCUGUUUACUACUUGAACCUAUUCUGACUUUCGUAUCGAUCGCCGCGGUUAUCACCCUGUUCGUGUACUUCACAAUGUGGAUCGAGAGUUCCGGAAUGCUACGGGUGGAGAACAACCAGAGCGCCAAGUACGUCAAGGACUCGACCAUGCUGUUCACCCGGUGGUACAAUUUGUUGGCCUUCCUAUGGUUCUGUCAGUUCAUCAUCGGCUGCCAGCACAUGGUCAUUGCCGGGGCGGUGGCCUGUUGGUUUUUCACCCGAAACAAGUCCAACCUGGGCAGCCCGAUACUGAAGAGCUUCGGCAAUUUAGUGCGCUACCACAUGGGAACCGUAGCGCUCGGGUCGUUCAUCAUAGCCGUGGUACAAUUUCUGAGGGCAAUACUCAAACUGGUCAUGUACUACACCCGUGACCACCAGAACCGCGUGACGGCCUGCAUCUUCGAGUGCUGUCAGUGCUGUUUGAAGUGCUUCGAACAAUUUCUGCAGUACCUGACGCGCAACGCGUACAUCAUGACGGCCAUGCACGGCGAUCCGUUCUGCACCGGGGGCAAGAAUGCGUUCCGGUUGCUGUCGAGCAACGCCCUGCGAGUGUUUGCCAUAAAUUCGGUGGGAGAUUUCGUGUUAAUCUUGUCCAAGGUGUUCGUCGUCGUUGUGACCUGUCUCAUCGGCAUGGAGGUGAUCCAGAAGAAGUCCGGGAUGCAUCAUCCCUACGUACCCAUCAUAUUGGUGGGAAUAUUUGCCUAUUUGGUUGCGCACUGCUUCAUGACGGUUUAUGAGAUGACCGUCGAUACCAUUUUCCUUAGCUUCUGCGAAGACUGCGAAACAAACGAUGGCAUUAACAAACCCUAUUUCAUGUCCCGAGGGUUAAUGGAAUUUGUGCAAAAUUCCAAGAAAGCACUGGCCAUCCUGGACAACCGAACGGCAAGUACCAUGAAGGAUGGCAACGCGUGGACUAGCAGUGGCGGAGUUAAUUCCGGGGACAGGGCCAAGCUGACGAAAACAAUCUCGGAAACGGUAGACUGAUGGUUGGGGAGUCCGCAGAUGCUUCUAGUAGAAACCGAAAACUUACGUGCACAUUGAUACUGAUUUUUGUAAGCUUUGAUGGUGUGUGGUGUGCUUUUUACAUUUUUAUGAAUAAAAAUACAUUUUGAAUAAAA